AUCCACUAAUGGCGGCCAUGACAUUUGUAACGGGGAUGUGUGUUUUUCAGCUAACAAGGAAUGUUCUCUUAAAUCCUGAUGUCAGGAUCAAUAAGGCACAUAGAAGCAUGGGAGUACUUGAAAAUGAAGAAGAAGGAGAGAAGUAUGCAAAACACAGCCUUCGAAACUUCCUACGCACUCGUCCACCACAAGUCAUGCCUUCUAUCAACCGUUUUUUCUCUGAUCACGACAACAACUAA